CUAUAUUACCUCUAAAUAACUAUAUUACUCCUUGAUUAUUCCCUUUAUUCUCUCACAGGAUUUAAACAGACAUCAUCGGAUUAACAACUGGGCUGUUUCUAGCUUGAACUUUGGCAUUUUCUUCAAAUAAAAACUUCCUUUCUUUAUACCAUAUAAUUAAAAUAAUAUCGCAAGGAAAAGUGAAAAAUACUAGAAGCUAUAAGAAAAUAGUGAAGACAUAAAGGAAGCCUGCAAAUGUCAAGAGAAAGUCUAGGGUUAACUUACCUGCCACUUAAUAUAUUCACAUAAUUGUAGAUUAGCCAGUAGCAGGCACUAUGUAAAUGUGCACUGGAACUGGAGAAGAUCCAAAGGCGGGCAAGAACCUGAAGGAAGGAAGAAGCCGGAAGAGAAGUUUCAUGUAAAAUAAAGGAAUUGAAUUGAACAAUACAUGAUUAGAUAUUUUACUACAAUCUGUAAGAAAUAUCAUUAAUAAUAAAGGUAAAGCCUUAGUCUGAAGACUGAAUAUUUAAAUUCUUCCAUCCACACCAUGGAAAACAGCAUUAAUGAGUUAACAGAUGGACAGCUGCAGUCAUUUUUCUGCAUGAAGAAGACCGAGAUCUCGCUGAUAGACGAACCUCUUAUACUGCUAAACCAGUUAAGAGAUAAUUACAUCCUUCCAGAAGACAAGUAUCAGGGCAUACUUAAUACCUCAGAGAAAAAGGAGAAAAUCAUCUCUAUUUAUACAUUUUUGUGUCGGUUAGACAAAAAACCAAAGAAAAUUCGUCGCUUCUGGGAAUUAGUAUUUGAGGAUGACAUUAUGAAGUUUUAUCCAGAACUUGGAAAACUUAAAGACACAAUUUUCGAAGCUUUUAAAAAUGAUUGCAGUCAGAACACACAUGCAGGAAAUGAAGAAACGGAGAUGAUCUCAGGCAUUAAUGGUAUACCUAAUGAUCAGCUGCUGGUCUUUUUCCACAAGAAGAAAUCUGCUAUCUCACUGAUAGAUGAACCUCACAUACUGCUAAACCAGUUAAGAGACCAUUCUUUUAUUUCAGAAGACAUAUAUCAGGAUAUAAUUGAUACCACGAAUAAAAAGAAGAGAGUUUUGGCCAUUUAUAAGUUUUUAGAUGGGCUGGAAAGAACAGAACCAAAGAAGAUCCGUCAUUUCUGGGAAGCACUAUUUGAGGAUGCUGUUGUGCGAUAUUACCCAAAACUCCAAAACCUUAAGGACGAGCUUUUGCAAGGUAAUUGCACUCAAAGCCCACAUAUGCAAAUUGUAGAAAUACAGAUAACAGAUGUGAGGCACAUUGACAACAAUGAGGAAUUGACCAACAGUGACCGUUCUCUUGCCUCCAGUCCAGCUUUAAUAAUCCCCUCGUUAACAGACAGUGACGAAGAAGCAAGCAACAGUAGCCAUUUCAAUCCACAUUCUCAAGAACCAAGAGCUUCACGGGAACACUCUGACUCAGAGACUCCUAACAUUAGCAGGCAAUCGGCAGGAUCUUCAGCAGUGAAAAACAUCAGCCAUAAACGCUCAUUUUUUGACGAUGAAGAAGCAAGCAAUGGAUUCCAUUCCUGCUCCAGGGAUCAAGAAAUUUCACCUGUACUGCAACAGUCUGACUCAGAAACUCCUAAUGUUGGUAGGCAAUCACUACGAUCUACUGUGGCAAAAAGAAUCAAACUUAAAUAUUCAGCAGAAACUGAGAGUGAUGACGAAGUAAGCAAUGCUGAUAGUGAUGACGAAGCAAGCAACAGUGGUGAUGACCUUAAGAAGAAACCUAAACGUUAUGGUCGGGUGUUUGACUCGGACUCUGAAUCUGACACUCCUGCCAUUGGCAAACACUCACUACGAUCUUCUGCGGUGAAACGUUCCACCUCCAAACGUUCAGGUAGAAACCUAUACCCAAAGUGA